CAUACUUCUCCCAUCACCAACGACCCUGAUUCUCCAGCACCAAGGUCAACCACAUAAGCUCCGGCGCAACACCAGCUGCACAAUGUCGCUCGAAAGGCUACCGACAGAAGUGCUACACACAAUAUGUCAGGAUGUCGGCCUCUUGGGAUCGUCCGAGCUCGUUAAUCUCGCCAGAGCCAGCCGCCGAUUGCACGCCAUCUCCAACCCGGUCCUCUACGCGACAGACCUGCAGGAGUCAGGUGGAGUCAAGUCCAUGUGCUUCGGCCUCGUGUCGAGACAGAAUGGUGUUAUCAAGCUGUGCCUAGCUGCUGGAAUCAAACCAGACCUCCGCGUCGAGUCACGCCACGACCUCGGGUCCAUGUUCAAUUCCAAAGUCCAGAAACGCGAUGCGCUGGGCUUUUCCUUGUGGUCCCGCGAUCAUCUUGGAAUUGGGAGAAAUGGUCAAAGAUCUCCCGGACCUGCCAGCUGCCCGUCGGCAGAGCGGUAUGACGACCCUAAUCAGGAUAUGAAUAAGCCUUUCCUGUCUUUCACGGCAUUCUUCUGGACUCCUUUGCACGUUGCUGCCCUCCUUAACGACGUUGAGCUGCUGGCUCUGCUACUCGACCAUGGCGCCAACCCAAACUCUGCCGGCCGAGGUGUCUGCCCAUGCUACUACCAGGGCCUCCGACACACCUUUGGCCGUUCGCUCCCGCCCGUGGAUCGAGACCCAAUUUUUGAAAUGCUGGAAAGAAGGGUGGUGACGAGAUGGUCUGCCCUGCAUGUUGCAGUAUGCGAAGGAAACCUCGACUGUGCCGAGUAUCUGAUCAGCCGGUUUGGCCUGCCCCACGCCAUCGAAUCGGACGACGCCGUCAUGGCGGAGGCAGAUCAGUUCUUCCGGGCAGAACCAGUACUCUCCGGACUGGUGAACUACGACCCUGAUGCCAUCAACCACGUGGCGUUGAGGUUCGACCCUUCGCCGCCACUGCAUACGGCUGUGAACAAGCCCACGAGCCUGGGCGACCUUGAGAAGCUGUAUGCCAUGCUCCAACGGGCUGGCUGCCUCGACGUCGAUGCACUGGACGCUUUUGGCGACACGCCUCUUGCUGUAGCGGCAUUUGCCGGACAGAGCGACACUGCUGGCAUUUGGCUUCGCGACCGGGGAGCAGACGUGAACUUCGCACUCCUUGGCUCGGAUGGCGUUCGCUAUUCCAUACUGAACGCGCUGUGCAAGUCUGGGCAGCACCGCGACGCCACGCUGCUCAUGGACCUGGGUGUCGAUGUCAACAGGGACUCGGAGCUCAGACGAGGGCUGAGGUACGAGUCACCCUUGCAUCUAUGCUGCGGUUGGCUUUUUUCCGGGGGCGAGUGGCCCGUGGAGGAGAUAUCUCGAAAGCAACGAGAAGCAGUCACGCUCCUCAAGCGACUGGUGCACGCGGGUGCCGAGAUGGAUGCAAGAGACGAAGAUGGCAUGACUCCGCUCAUGUCAGCUGCGGCACUCCACUUCUCUGCUGCUGUCGGUGGGUUGCUCGAAGGCAAGCCCGACAUCGGAGCCGAGGACGACGACGGCGACUCUGCGCUCCACCAUGCCGUCGCUAACGGCGUGGACUGUUCCCCAGGGGAAGAGCUGAACUCAGCAUUGGCCACUAUCCAGCUCUUGCUGGAUCACGGCGCGGAUCCCAACCAGCUGCGUGCAGACAUGAACGAAAGGCCUUUGUUCCAGGGCUCUUACUCAAUAACGGAAGGCACACCCGGAGACAAUCCUAGGACUUACAAAAGUGACCGGUUUCGCGGUGGGAAAAUAAGCCCCAUGGCUUCGAUUGCUGCGCUCUUGAUUAGCCGAGGAGCGGAUCCAAACAUCUAUCUGGAUCAUCCCAGGGAUGAUGCAGACACCCUGGCGGAACAGGUUUUCGACGUGCAGGGACACUCGCUUGCUGUUACGGCCUUCUACGAAGGGGAAUUUGACACCUUGGAUUCGUUAGUCGCAUGCGGAACUCUCGUAACAUGUCAGGACUACCUGCUCAUGAUGCGGUCCCUGUUCGACCCGCAAAUCCGAUCAAAGGGGAGCAAAUCGAGCGCCGUGCAGGCUUUGUUCCGAAUACUCAACGGCCCCUCCAUGCGACUCGAACCACAAGAGAAGAAGAGCAUCAUGGACGCCUGGACAGAGCUGCUCAUCCUCUCAGUAGGCCAACGACCGGGCCUCGUACGCGUCCUCGCCCCGCACUUCUCCAUCACCUCCAAGCUCGCACCCGGUGGCAAGACGGCCCUGCACGUCCUGGCGCAGUGGGAGCGGAAGAGCGGCGAACGGCCAGCGAGGUUCCAGCACCGGGUCGACAGAACGAUGGCCGCCUUGAUGCGUUGCGGCGCCGCCCGUCAGAUAAACCAACCAGAUGACAAUGGCCGGACGCCGUUGCACGUCGCCGGGGGCUGGAGGAACCUCGCCGUCGCAAGGGCCCUCAUCCGGGCCGGCGCGUCACUCCACCUCGAAACCAAGCGGCAGGAUGGCAUCACCGUCGACUCUCCCCUGCGGACGGCCAUCAAGGGAUAUUCGGAAGCGAGCUGGUUCAAGAUGGCCAACGGGAUGCUCGAUGCCUACCACUCCAAGUGGGGCAGAAAGGAAGGUGGCCUCUGUGGAAGUGCUGGCUUGAUGAAGGACCUGAUAUUGCACUUCAGAGACCACCCGUUCGACGACCAGGCCCGCAUGGCGGGAAGGACAAAAACCCUCAUGGUCAAGCUGUUUGACUUGGGGGUGGAUGUCAACGAGCCCGACGAGGACGGAAACACCCCGCUGCAUCUGCUCGUCCAGCUGCUGUAUCCGCUGGCCAAAGACGCAGAGGGCAUCGAGACCUCUGAAAUGUCCAAGCGUGCCAGGGACAACUCCGUGGAUCCCCCCGGGCCGGACGGCUACGACCCGGAGGGCGUUUUCUGCAUGCCCAACGAGUCGUAUAUGCACAUGCGCGGUGUCAACUCCGGAUACCCCAGCGACAGCGACUUUGAAGAAGCCAGCAGCGAAGAGGACCAACAGACCACCGACGAUGAAGCCUCCAACGACGACGACGAGCACAGCUCCCAACACGGGUCCCCUCUAGCUGCUAAUGAGCACGGCCCCAGUGAGGACGACGACCGCUCCGACGAUGACCAAGGCAGCGAUGACGAUGGGCAGCAAGAUAAUGCAGACGACGACGGCAGCCUCUAUGGCGAUUUUUUCGAGGGAAACUCGCUCCGCGUGAUGGCGAGAAAGGACUACGACGGGGAGCGGCCCCAAUACAGGCCGAGCGGGCUGGCCAAGCGCGGCCGCGGCCGCAAGCUGGACAGGGCCGACGCCUGGAUCCUGUCGUUCUACAUCCUGCUGUGCGAGUCCAAGUGCGACGGCUUGAAGGUCAAGAACAACGCCGGCAAGACGCCCCUCGACCUCAUCCACGGGCUCAAGGGCCUCCCUGUCCCCAGGUCGUUCGAGUUCCGCCGGGUCAUCAAGGCGCUCGCCAAACUCGACGCUGAGGAUCCGCUGGGCUCUGCGGUCCUGAACAGGCUGAAUGGCGCUUCGGCCCUCCCGAAGAAGGACAACCCCUUUUUCUUUGUCUAUAAUCGCAGUGGGUGUUACCUGGUUGUCCCCCGCCAGGGAGGGAAGCGUGGGGGCAAACGUCGAGGUCCCGCAUGGGAUAAGUGGACCUGGGUGCCUUUCUGGUAGUGAGGCUGUGUCUGUUUGCUUCUGCAAGACGAGGAUAUGUCUGAGAAAUGAUGGGGCUUUCUUUUCGUUUGCUGGGUCAUAUAAACGGCUUCUGAUGUUAUGGCGGAUCAUAACAAUUAUAAUCACGACCUACUAGGUUGAUUUGAGAAAGACAUAUUGUGUAGUUUCAAUGACCGGAAGACUCACCUACCCGUCUCACUAUCAGCAACAGUUUGAGAGCACUUGCCGCAGUCAGCAGGAGAUUUCUACAUUGAUUCUGGAAAUUGGUUAAUAAUAAACGUACCCAGAUCUAAAAAGAGCUGGAGUGAGCCCGCCGUGGGCGCGAAGCAAGGAGCCAAGUCGCAGGGAGGUACAGGCACAGGCGUAGGAGACACCCAAGUCACCAAGUUUAGCAAGAUAGAGUUGCCAGAAAAGACACCAACUUUGG